CCUUAAAAAUGUUGCAUCACGUUUUGUUGUUAUUUAUUUUGAUAAUGUCCAUUUUAGUGUCAACGUUCUUGGUGACCAGUGAAUAUGUACAAUACAAUUCCACAUACGAGUGUCCGAAUAUAAAAAACCAAUUAGGAAAUUUAAGAAGACGAAGGCAUUUGAAUUUUCCCGACGGAAGUAAUGUCAUUUUAACAAUAUCCCUAGUAAAAGCAUUUAUGACCCACGCUCCUGCCGGCUGGAACAUUGCGUUAGAAAUUGAUGUACUUUAUCCUCUUCCUGACUCCAAGUUUACGGCAGCUCAUUUGAGAAGAAAGCUGCAUCAUCGACAGAAGAGAGAGCUUUGGGAGAGGUUGAAAGAGGCAUUGGAUUUUCAUAACCUCAAUGGUCACUCCUGCGUUCUCCAAAGCAUUUGUGAUGCAAUGUCAGGUCUUGCACCUCCUGGGAAAUCGCUGGUACAUGACAUACUCCGAGCCGUAUUUACAGCACCCCUGCACGAAGAAGAUUUCGUAGAUGAAGUAAACGCAACUUACAAUGAAUUGUUAGACCCUGAUGUUUGUUCUAAAGUGCAUGAUUGUCCUUUCUCUCUGCUGCAUUUUGUUACAUUUAAUAAAUAG